UACUGCAGCCUUUUGAUAGUGAAAGUAAACUUCAAUGCCACUCUGACUCACACAGCAUGCAAGUCCAGCUCUACAGCCAGUGCAGAAGAUAAUUGAACAAGAUACCUUAGUUACACAUUUUGUUUAAGGUACCGUGCACAGAGGACAGUGUCAUGGAUGGCCUUUUUUCCAAGAUAUUUCGAGCCCAAAAACAAGCCCAAACGCAAGCUAAGAAACGAGCUGAGAGGGAAGCUAGCAGACAUGCCGUAUAUCAAGCCCAACUUCAUGCCCAAUUACAAGCCCAAGUUCAAAUGCAAGCUCAAAAACAAUUUGAAAUGCAAAACCAAGAACAAGACGAAAUGCAAGCCCAAAAACAAGCCCAAAUGAAAGCCCAAACACCAAAUCCUGAAUAUGAUAAAGCAUGGCGGCCAGUCACAUGGAGUGAAGAUAAUAAAAAUCGGAUGUUGAGAACCCUGAAGGAUUUCCAGUCAGGGACUGAGGGUGUCAGUCAGAUAAACAUUCUGCUUCAUGGCCCAAUUGGAGCAGGAAAAUCGAGCUUUAUUAACUCCAUCAACACCGUCCUCCAAGGACACAACACCACCAGUGCACUGGCAGACUCAUCAGCAGGUCCAAGUCAGAGCUUCACUUUAAGGUUUAAAACUCACAGACUGAAGAAAGCUGGACCAGGAUCUUACUAUCCGUUUGUCUUUACGGACAUAAUGGGUCUGGAACCAGACAAGUCACAAGGAGUACAAACCAAAGAUAUACAGAAAAUAUUAAAGGGUCAUGUGAAAGACGGCUACACUUUCAAUCCAGUAAAGCCAAUCGAUAAAGAUGACACAAAGUACUACAACCCUAACCCCACCCUGAAAGAUGGAGUGCACUGUCUAGUGAGUGUUCUGCCAGCUGAUAAAAUCUCCAUCAUGAGUGAUGAAGUUAUCCAAAAAAUGAGAGCUGUUCGGGAAAAAGCACGUGAUUUAGGAAUUCCUCAAAUCGUUGUCAUGUCGAUGGUUGAUAAAGCAUGUCCACUAGUUAUUGAGAACCUGAGUAAGAUCUACACCAGCAGAAAAAUUAAAGAGAAGAUGAAAGAGUGCAGUGAUAAACUGGGAGUUCCGAUGAACUGCAUCUAUCCUGUUCAGAACUACCAUGAGCAGAUUACCAACGACUUGCACAUGGAUAUCUUGAUUUUCAUGGCCAUGACUGACAUUGUUAGAUUUGCCAAUGACUAUGUUGAAGACCAGGAUUAUAGCGCUAAUCAUGCUAAAUAAGUUCCCCAUGUGUCCUGUUCAGUUUCCAACAGAGAAACAACACAGGCUAAUACCAGAAAUUCUCAGUAUGGACAGAGAUAGAUUUAAAUGAUCUAAUCUUAAUAAUUUUAAUAAUCUUAAUAAUUUAUUUAGAUCUGAAUAUAAUAAUUUACUUUAUUUAGUCAUCAUUCAUGCCAUAAAAUGCAGUGAAAAACUGCAACUCCUUGUAUUUUUAGUUAAUGUUUUUACCUUUUGUGUCAUUAAUAUAAAUUAUUUUGAGCAUUAUUUUUCUUCUUUCUGGGGUAUAUAAAUACAAUAAAGAUAUGAAUAAAAUAUGCA